AAAGAAAGGAAGGAGAAGAUUUCUCAAAACAUUUGCAAGUCCUAACCACGUCACCUUAUCCUGGACCUGACGUCUAUUAUCGGGGAGCAAAUGCGAAUGGGAUUGCUCUCUCCAUAUCCACUCCACUGCUAUUCAUCAUAACAUGUUGGUGUUACCACCACAACUAACAGCUCCAUUCCCUUCCAUCCACGUCACCACCCUCCACCACCACCAACACCACCACCACCACCGAGUCCUCCCCCACCACGCGACCUUCACCUCCGCCAAGCCACUGAUCCUGGAAGAAGGCCCCGACGACAUCCUCACGCUGCACAACCGCCGCUACGACUUCAGCCCUCUCCUCCACUUCCUCUCGGACCCAGCCACUCCCCACUCCGCCCCCAGCUCGGCCCCUCCCACUUCCCUCGACUCAGCAGAGUUCGAACUCGCCGAGUCCUUCCGCGCCGUCCCGGCCCCACUCUGGCACGCGCUCCUGAAGUCCCUCUGCGCCUCCCCCUCCUCGAUCCCCCUCGCGUACGCCGUCGUUUCAUGGCUGCAGAAACACAACCUCUGCUUCUCCUACGAGCUCCUCUACUCCAUCCUCAUCAACGCCCUCGGCCGCUCCGAGAAGCUCUACGAAGCCUUCCUCCUCUCCCAGCGCCAGGUCCUCACUCCCCUCACCUACAACGCGCUCAUCGGCGCCUGCGCGCGCAACGGUGACGUCGACAAAGCCCUCAAUCUCAUGUCCAAAAUGCGCCGCGACGGUUACCAACCGGACUUCGUCAACUACAGCUCCAUCAUCCAGUACCUCACGCGCUCCAACCGCGUCGACUCUCCCAUUCUGCAGAAGCUCUACGCCGAAAUCCAGGCCGAUAAGAUCGAAAUCGACGGCCACCUCAUGAACGACCUCAUUCUAGGGUUUUCCAAAGCCGGUGACGCCACGCGCGCCAUGAGUUUCCUCGCCAUGGCGCAGAGCAGCGGCUUGAACCCUAAGCCGUCCACGCUCGUCGCGGUUAUGCUAGCGCUUGGGAAUUCGGGAAGGACGCAAGAGGCUGAAGCGUUGUUUGAGGAGAUUAGGGAGAAUCGGUCAGAACCGAGAACUAGGGCUUUCAAUGCUUUGCUUAAAGGCUACGUGAAAACUGGCUCGCUCCGGGAUGCUGAGUUUGUUGUGUCGGAAAUGGAGAAAGCAGGGGUCAUGCCUGAUGAACAAACUUAUAGUUUGUUGAUUGAUGCGUAUGCUCAUGCUGGGAGGUGGGAGAGUGCGAGGAUUGUGUUGAAGGAGAUGGAAGCGAGCAAUGUGCAGCCGAAUUCCUAUGUCUUUAGUAGAAUUUUGGCGAGUUAUCGCGACAAAGGGGAGUGGCAGAAAUCGUUUCAGGUUCUGAAGGAGAUGAAGAGCAGUGGCGUGCAGCCUGAUAGGCAUUUCUACAAUGUGAUGAUUGACACGUUUGGGAAGUUCAAUUGUCUUGAUCACGCCAUGGCUACGUUCAAGAGGAUGUUGUCGGAGGGGAUUCGGCCGGAUACUGUCACCUGGAACACUCUGAUUGCCUGUCAUUGUAAGUCCGGGCUGCACAACAGGGCGGAGGAGUUGUUCCGGGAGAUGCAGCAGAGGGGAUGCUCGCCUUGCAUUGCUACUUAUAACAUUAUGAUUAAUUCCAUGGGGGAGCAGCAAAGGUGGGACCAAGUGACUGAGUUGUUGAGCAAGAUGCAGAGUCAGGGGUUGCUGCCCAAUUCGAUAACUUACACAACUCUGGUUGAUGUGUAUGGAAAGUCGGGGAGAUUUAGCGAUGCAAUCGAGUGCUUGGAGGUCUUGAAAUCUACGGGGUUCAAGCCGACUUCAACCAUGUAUAAUGCUUUGAUCAAUGCCUAUGCACAAAGGGGUUUGUCUGAACUAGCAGUAAACGCAUUUAGGCUGAUGACAGCUGAGGGUCUGACACCCAGUCUAUUAGCUCUCAAUUCAUUAAUUAAUGCAUUCGGUGAAGAUAGAAGAGAUGCUGAAGCCUUUGCUGUGCUUCAGUACAUGAAAGAAAACAACAUGGAACCUGAUGUAGUUACUUAUACCACACUUAUGAAAGCUUUGAUUCGUGUUGAAAAGUUCCAAAAGGUUCCAGCUGUGUAUGAAGAAAUGGUCACGUCUGGGUGCACUCCUGAUAGAAAAGCAAGAGCAAUGCUGCGGUCUGCUCUUAGAUACAUGAAGCAGACACUGAAAUCAUAGGAAAAUUAUCAAGCACAUUCUUUCAUAAAGACAAAACAGAAUCAAAUUUGCUCACCUUAUUUGCUUGGUUAUAAUUCUGAAGGUUAAUGUAUUAGUAAAAUCCUGAUUCCUGUUGUAGACUAGCAUAACCCCUUCACAGCAGUGCGUUUGGGCAGUGUGCCAUGCUGGAUAUUUAUGCUCCAAGCACAUGCUCCAAACAUGGAAGGCAUAGAAAAUUAAUGGCUUCCCGUAAUGCUGGACCAUACAUAUCAUAUCAAUCUUUGGGAUUUAUGUAUCAUACAUUAAUGUAAGUAAAAUUUAUAUGUUGAAAUGCAUAUUUCAUGUUCAUAAAUGUGUGUGUACAUUAGAAUAAGAAAAAAGGAAGAGUGUGAGUGGUUAUGCAUUUCAUUUGCAUCCCCACUGUUGUUUUACAUCGCGGUAAGUUUCAUAGAGGACUGAGCCGUGCUAUUAUUCAUCCGAAAUUUGAUGAAUAAGUAGUUAUCUAUUUAUUUUACUUAUCAAUUGAAGGCAAAGACCUUGCUAUCAUGUAAAGCCUCGUGUUUGAAUCCCAGUUAAAUCUCCUUGAACGUGAA